AUGUACUUAACUAAUAAUUUAGUUAGUAAGCCAACACAAUGGAAUUAUUUCUUUUUGUUCAGUGACAGAUUGAUUGGGACUGUGAUCAAGAAGUAUCAUGGAAAAGAAGUUAGAGAUGAAAAAAUGAUGGAAGAAGCAAUAGAAGAAAUUAAUAAAAUUGGUGAUUAUCAACAGUUACAAGACUUCCAAUUUGCUAAAGAGAUUGAUGCUUUAUUUACUGAAGGAAGUGGAAUAUACCUUAUUGAAGAUUGUGAAAUGGUAAAGAAUAUGGUUAGUUGCAAACUAAACCAAAUUCCAUAUAAAUUUUCAUGUGAAACAAAAGAAGAGUGUGAAGCAUGGAACUCAUUAAUAUUUGAUCAAGUGGAACGUGUGAAUGCCUUAGCUAAAAAGAAAGUUGAAACAGUUAAAGCUAAUAAAUAA